AUGAAGUGGCAGCAGACGACAAGCCACUACGGCGUCAACCUCGAAGAGCUCAUGACCAUGGAGGCCAUGGUUGUCAGUCUUGACAAGGAAGAGGACCACAAUCGGAAGGCCGCCAAGGAGGAGGCCAAGUUCAACACGGUCUCCGCCGGCGCCGUCGCCUACUCCAGCGCCAACCCGCAAAGCUUUAUUAGUGUGAAUACCCUUGACCAGGCCUUCACGUUGGCGAUCGCCGCAAGACCGCUCUCGAGACCCGUGCCCGCCCCUCCCCUCCAUGCCUUGUCCCUCUCCAGCGCGCCCCGCAUUUCCUUCCCCACUGCCGCUGCCGGAAGAGACCACCCCAAGUCCCGCUCUACCAACCCCUUCCUCCACCCUGACCUCCCUUCCGCCCCGGCACCCCACCCGGGCUGGCCCCCCUCUGCUGUCGCGCCACUCCUUCCUUCCGCUUUCCCCGGCCCUACUCCUCCUCCCCGUCCCCCGCGUCCGACCUGCUGA